ACAAAGUGGUUUUCGUUCUACUUUUUCAAGUAUCGUUUGUCUCUUGACUGUAUGGUGGUGAUUUAAUUAUUGAUCAACAAUAUGUCUGGAAAAGUAAAUAAGGCAUUCACAAAAGAAGAAGAGCUGCUCUUACAAGAUUUCAGCAGGAAUGUAUCCACCAAGUCCUCGGCACUUUUCUAUGGAAAUGCAUUUAUAGUUUCUGCUAUUCCAAUAUGGUUGUUCUGGCGAGUGCAUGCUCUGGAGGUGAGUUCUUCACUGGCUUGGUUUGCUCUGGUUACCACCGCCAGCACAUGGUUCCUAGCUCUGGCGUAUCGCAACACUAAGUUCCAUUUGAAACAUCGCGUAGCUGUCAGGCGUGAGGAUGCUGUGGCGCGAGAAAUGGCUCGUAAACUGGCUGAUGAUAAGAAGAUGAGCCGGAAAGAGAAGGACGAGAGAAUUCUUUGGAAGAAGAAUGAAGUGGCGGAUUACGAGGCGACUACCUACUCAAUCUUCUACAACAAUGCUCUUUUCCUCACCAUCGUGAUACUGAGUAGUUUCUACCUGUUGCGCACAUUCACACCCACUGUGUAUCCUUUACUAAAUAAAAUAUAUAUUGACAGAUAGAGAUGUAAUAGUACCUAAAUUAGAUGUAAAACUUCUUUCGUCAGAGAUUUAA